AUGGCGGAUGCGGACGAUAGCAACAGUGGCGAGGGCAGCGGCGGCGGCAGCGGCGGGGCCGGAAUUGAGUCGCGCCGCGAUUCGCUGCAGAUGCUCACGAAGCUGGACAAGGCGGUGUCCACAAAUGACGUAUUGCUGGAUCUGCAGCGGGCGCUCACUUACGAGGCGGUGUUCAGCACGCUGGUGCAGCACAAGAUGCAGGCCCUGAAGCGCGACUAUGAGGCCCACAAGCGUGCCAAGCGCAAGAAGCGCAAGAAGUCCAUCGGCCGCAUUUUGUUGCCGCGCAAGCUCUUUGGUGCACGCCGCUCCAGCAAGGAUGACUCCGACGCGGAUGAUGCGGACGAGGAGGAGGUGCUGCCAGGCAGAAGCCAAGCCAAGACUGCCCCAAGCCAUGCCCAUGACAUUCAGUUGGCCUCCGGCUCACUGCCAGCGCCUCGGGCGUCAGUGCUGGCCACGGAGCCGGCGCCGGAGGACAGCGUGGCCAGCACGCUGAGCAAUUCGUCGGGUCACCAGCCACGGCACAGCCACAGUCUGCUGGUGCGAGCGCAGACGCAUACGCCCGCCCAGCUGCCGGCGCAGCGGGACAACAGCAGCAGCUCCGAUGAGAAUGUAGGGAAAGCAGUGCGGCAGCUCGAGCCCGGGCCCAGACAUUCCGUGAGCACAACGACCAACGGCGACCCGGCAGACUAUCUGACACCGAUUGCCUCUUGCUAUGACAAUACCUCGGCGACGGCGACGGCAACUGUGAUUGGCGGCACACAUGUCCUGCACAGCUCCACCCUGGCGGAUGACAGUCUGACGGCUUCGCUGCGCGGCAGCCUCGAGAGUCUGUCCUACUCCAGUUCGCGCUGCACGGUCAGCUUCGGCGGUGCCGAGAUCAUUGCCCUGGCCCAUGCCGAUGCCGAGACACGCGAGCGCCUGCGCCUGGCCAAACGGUUGCGCAUCCUGGAAGCCAAGUCGAUUAGUGCACAAUGCAGCCCCAUUUUUCCACGCAGCGUGGCGCGCUCCUUGGCGCUGCCAAUGCCGCAGCAGGCGCGCAUCCACGUGAAUGUUCCCUCCAGCCUGGCCAGGCCGCCGCCGCCGCCCCCGCCCCCGCCCCCGCACGUGGCUGUGGAAAUCGAAGCGCUGCGUGCGAUGCCGCUGUCGCAGCGCAAGCGGCUGCUGCCCAAACAGCUGUCCUGCACCGAAAGCUACUCGGGCGCUGGCAGCGACUUUGACGGCGCCGGCGCCGCCGCCGCCUAUGCGCGUUACUUUUCGCGACAGAAUACGUCAGAGGAUAGCGCCAAUGUGACUGUCAGCACGGUGCUGGCCCAGAGCGACUCGCAGUCGCUGCACGCACUGCCCAGCUAUGCGAACACGCCGACAGCGUCGGCCGGACGGGAGCCGGAACGCCUCAAGUCGCGCAGCACCGGGUUGCUGGCCAUACGUCGGCAGCGCAUACCGGAGGCGACUGUCAUUCCUAUGGAGUCGCAGGAGGAGCAGCCAUUGCCGGCACAGCUGGCCGAGAAGCUGCAGCGCAUGACCUCAACCUCAACGGGUUCCAGUGUGGCGCCCACUGGCUGCUGCAGUGCAGCCAAGUCUGUGGCGUCACGCGCCAAAGAGAAACACUUUCAAAGCUUUAAGCCCACGCUGGCCAUGUCUGCGGCGACGGCAGCCCAAAGCACCGGCAGCGACGAUGAGUACCGACGCCGCAAACGGAAGUACAAACGACAUCAUCGCUGUUCGGAUCCAGCGCUGGUCUAUCCCACGCCCAAUGGCCUGCAGCAAUGUGUACAUGUGCUUGGCCAGACGCCCGAUGCCCAGCCCAUACAAUGCCCCUAUGCCGAGGACUCGCCCUGCGACCUGCAGCUGGACAUGGACACUGACGGUGAUAAAAUCGACGACCUUGAGCACAUUAUGCCUGGCGGCGGUCAUCAGCGACAUCGCAGAAAGCAUCGACAUCGGCACAAAAAGCGUCAUCGCCAUAAAAAACCCAAAAUACUUGUGCAGGAUUUGGAUACGGAAGUUGUUAAGGUGAUCGAUCCACAUGAUCUCUCACAGCGCGCACGCUGGACAAUCAUUGCAACUGCCUGCCUUCUGUUGCUGAUGUGCCUCAUGCUAAUCGGCGUCACAUUGCGAAUGGCACCCAUUAUAGAUGAUAUGGUGCGUCAGGAGAACGAGCGCAGCAUGCGCGAGAACCUGGAGCGCACGCUCAUGAUGAAGAACCUCACGGAGCUGAAUCUGCAGCGGCAGCAACAACUGCUGCACCAGGCGAAACAGCAGCAGCAGCAACAGCAUCUGGCGCUGCAGCAACAGUUGCUGCAGAUUCCAUAACAAACGCUUGACGAGCAUUUCUAAUGGCAAAGGGUUAUGCAUGUUCUGUUACUAUUUACCAACACUGACACUGGCAUUGUUCAACACUAAACAACCGACAAAAGUUAUGCGCACAAUAUAAGAAACAAACAACACUUUGUUAACUACAAUUAAAAGAAUUGGAGCAUGUGGAAGGACGCUACAAUGAACAAAAUUAACUAAUUAAGCUGAUAGAAAUUAAAAAAAAAAAAAAAACAAAACCUAUUUGUUUGAUAUGCGAAGCAGAAAUAAGCAACAAAGCAAACACAAUACGAGUAUUUAGCAGAUUGUUAGUCAAAGUUGGAAGAAACCAAAAACCAAAAACUAAAACGAAAACCAAAACUAAAACAAAAACAAAUCAAAAAGUGAUCCAGUUUAGGCCUCAGUUGUGCGGGCAGAAAAAUAUGUUAUUUAUAAAGUUGGUUCGAUGCAUUGUAAAAAU